AUUUUCAACAAAGACUAACAAAAUAUCAAAAAUAAACAGAACAUAUUUACAGGACUAAAGUGACAGCAAUUCUGUCACAGCUUCCUUCAGUUUCUUUCCCGUCAAAGGAAUUGUUCUCAUGAUCUCGUCUCAUGAACAUUGCUCCCAGAUCCAAUUCCAAGCCACUCCUUCACCUCUCACCCCGUCUGAAAUGGGUCUCCACUGCAACAUCCAAGCCUUCGCCACAGCUUCCUCAACACCCAGAGGACCUCCUCCGGGCCUUCUUCAAUGGUCCCAAGCCUCACAUACCGCGCGAUUACGAGUUCUCGAUCGUAUCUGCACUGAAGGCUUGUUCGGCCCUUUUGGCUAUCUCCCAAGGCCAACAAAUUCACGGCCUUGUCCUCAAAUCAGGCCUUGAUUCCAAUUUGUUUGUGCAUAACAGUUUGAUCAACGUGUACGCGAAAUGCGGGUUCAUGAGCAAUGCCCACCUGGUGUUCGAUGAUUGUCGUUUUGAUAGGUUGGAUUCUGUUUCCUGUAACAUUAUGAUUGCUGGGUAUGUCAAGGUUGGCCGGUUGGAUUAUGCCCGCCAUCUGUUUCAUGUAAUGCCUCAUAGAGGGUGUGGUUCUUAUACGACUAUGAUAAUUGGUUUGGCCCAAAAUGGCUGUUGGAAUGAAGGGGUUAGUCUUUUUCAGGAUAUGAGGUUUGAGGGCGUCUCGCCCAAUGAGGUGACCAUGUCCAGCGUGAUCUCGGCGUACUCACAUUCAGGUGGGAUUUGGAAUUGUCGAGCUCUUCAUUCCUUGGUGAAGAAAAUCGGCCUCGAAGUGUUCGUUUUAGUUACAACUAACUUGGUCCACAUGUAUUGUGUUUGUUCGAGUUUGUGGGAUGCAAGAACUUUGUUUGAUGAGAUGACAGAACCAAAUAUGGUUACAUGGAAUGUGAUGCUGAAUGGAUAUUCGAAGGCUGGAUGUGUUGAUUUGGCUAGAGAUUUGUUUGAGAGAAUCCCAGUUAAGGAUGUGGUUUCUUGGGGUACAAUUAUUGAUAGCUAUUUGCAGACCGGAAGGUUAACUGAAGCUUUUACUAUGUAUCAUGAAAUGGUAGGUAGUGCUUUGGCGCCCAAUGAAGUUAUGGCUGUGAAUCUAAUUUCAUCUUGUGGACAGUCAAUGGCACUACACGAGGGCCAGCAGUUUCACAGUUUGAGUGUAAAAAUGGGCUUUGACUGCUAUGACUUUAUGCAGGCAACGAUUAUCAAUUUUUAUGCAUGUUGCCGUGAAGUCAACCAUGCUCAGUUGCAAUUCGAAUUGGGCUGCAAGGACCAUGUUCCAUCCUGGAAUGCGCUAAUUGCUGGACUUGUAAAAAAUGGAAUGGUCGACCUGGCAAGACGGUAUUUUGAUGAGAUGCCGGAAAGGGAUGUUUGCUCAUGGAGUUCUAUGAUUUCUGGUUACUCGCAGAGUGAGCAGGCUAAUGUGGCUUUAGAACUCUUUCAUGAAAUGGUAGCUUGUGGUGUUAAACCCAAUGAAAUUACUAUGGUGAGUGUUCUCUCUGCAAUUGCUUCUUUGGGCAUACUGAAAGAGGGACGAUGGGCCCAUGCAUAUAUAUGCAACAACUCAAUCCCUCUUAAUGACAAUCUCAGUGCAGCAAUUAUAGAUAUGUAUGCCAAGUGUGGUAGCGUUAAGACAGCCUUGGAAAUGUUUUAUGAAAUCCGUAACCAGACUUCAACUGUUUCACCAUGGAAUGCGAUUAUCUGCGGGCUGGCCAUGCACGGACAUGCAGAGUUGUCUCUCCAAAUAUUUUCUGACUUGCAGAAACGUAAAAUUAAACUCAGUGAAAUCACAUUCAUCGGGGUCUUAUCUGCCUGCUGCCACACCGGAUUGGUGGAAGAAGGGGAGCAACAUUUUAAGAGCAUGAAGAGAUUGUACAAUAUUGAACCAAACAUCAAGCAUUAUGGCUGUAUGGUUGAUCUUUUAGGCAGAGCUGGGAGAUUAAGGGAUGCUGAGGAACUAAUUAGCAGCAUGCCAAUGAAGGCUGAUGUUGUGAUAUGGGGCACGCUCUUGGCAGCAUCUAGAACACACGGUGAUGUGGAAGUCGGAGAACGAGCUGCAGAGGGUUUGGCAAGGGUGCAACCAUCCCAUGGAGGCAGUAGAGUUCUUCUGUCAAAUAUUUAUGCGGAUGCAGGGAGGUGGGAGGAUGCAUUCUUAGUGAGGCAAGCGAUCAAAAGCCAAGGAAUGACGAGGUCACCAGGACACAGUGGUGUCGUAUGAUUUGUGGUUUAUUGUCCAAUUUUCGCCUUAACUUUCUCUUAAGAGCUUCUGCUUAGUUAUUCAGAAUAUAUGCGAAACUCCACUCCAGUUAAAUUUUCUUUCAAUGUUUAGCGAAGGAAGUUUGGCACCUGCUUGGGAGGCUGAAUUUACCUAGUCCUGUAGACACUGUUAUUCAACUGCACAGAACGAAUAUUUGUUCUUGAAGAUUCAGACUGUUGGCUGCUAUCAGGCGAGUAUUUUUCAUUUUAAUGCAUUUCAACCGAUAUUUUUCCUUCCUGUUACGCCUCAAAUGUGCUGCAAAUUGAAUUUACUCAAAAGUCAAAACAAGAGUUUGUGCAGCCUGCUGCCCCAUUCACGACUUGAAACAAAAACAAAAACAAAAAAAUGAAAAAACUGCUGGGACACCUGUACAGAAUUUGCCUCGUCUGGAGCUUUCAUUUUGAAUGAAAAUUCUACCUUUCAUUCAUCUACAUCAAAAGCUAAUAUACAGCUCUAUAUCCUACAAGUUAGAAGCAAAAGCCUACAAAAUUUUGGACAAUAAAACAGCCAAAAAGGUAAGGAACUAUUAACUAUAUCUCAGUUUCAAUGAUCAGUCCAGCUGCUACACCCAUUGUACCGACCCCACCAACCCCCAGCAAAGCAAUUGCUAGCUCCUCCUCGUCCCAUUGCCUCAGCCCAUUACUCAGCCUC